AUGGCUAUAAAGGGAUACGAUGCAGUGGUGAAGCAUUAGCGUAAUUUCAAACAUACUCAACUACUAGCUGGUAGCAAUCUUGACGAGAGCAUGUACUUCAUCGUUUAUCAGUUGACGAGUAUCUUCCCGGUUCAGGACUUCUUUCAAAAAAAGGAUUUUGUCCCGGACCGAUCUACAUGGUUGAGAGCCAUUUCUGAUCUGUUGCCACAACAGAUGAUAAAAAGUCAGCUGGCUUUAGCGGCGAUACUGCACGAGUACGAGCCUGCUAACCUACCAGCAUGUUCUCACUUCAGAGCUGGUGGCAGAAAGAGAGGCGGAAAGUCUCCUCCUCUUAUUUUCCGUUGCAAGCUCGUGUGGCCUGCAUGUGGUCUGCGGAAGAAAUUACCCUUUGAUGGAGAUUCAUAA